AUGGAGGAGACAACGCCAGACCCCGCAUAUGUGGAUGUGGACCAGGGCUUGACUCUUGCAUGCAUUGCCUUCCUCUGCCUGCUGCUGGUGGCCAUGAUUAUCCGGUGUGCUAAAGUCAUCAUGGACCCAUACAGUGCCAUCCCCACAUCUACCUGGGAGGAGCAGCAUCUAGAUGACUAG